CCACCAUCUCUCACACCGACGAAGAAGGCUAGAACUUUACCAAUUUCGCAAGGAGCAUAGCCUCCAGAGUAAACUUCGUCCAUGUCGAGUCUUCCGUCAGAGCUAGUCAACGAAAUACUCCUCCGAUUACCCGUUGAGCCUUUGAUACGUUUUCAGUGCGUUUCAAAGCUAUGGCACGCGCUAAUAAACCACACAGAUUUCAUCCAGAGACAUCUUGAGCUCUCAAUCGCCGUCAAUCGAGAGCGUACUCUUAUAUUCAAGGAGUGCGACGUAGAUCCGCCUCUAAAUUGCUUCUGGGCGCGCUUUAACGACGAACAGAUUGACAGAGCCCUCACGAAGAUCCGCCAGCCACUUCGCAAUGAAAAACUGUACACCCAAAUAUUGGAUUACUGCAACGGAUUGGUUUGCCUCCACGAUUAUGAGAGGGGAAUUGCGAUUUGGAACCCAUUGAUCAGACGGUACAAGAAGUUGCCUUUUGAACCGAUAGAAAAUCCUACUGGAUUCACCGACUGUCGUUCUGGAUUGCCCGAUUUGGCCUUCGGAUACGACCCAGUUAACGACGACUACAAGGUGAUGAGGGUUGUGCAGUUCUAUAGAAAGAUUGAAAAGAUUGAAGCUACAAAUGCCUUUGCCUUUGAACUCAAGGUAUAUAGUCUGAGAGCGCAUUCUUGGAAGAGAGUUGAAGAGGAAUGGCCUAAAGAAUUAAGUCCUCGUUCGAGUUCGGCGUCCUUAAACGGUGCUUUCCAUUGGCUAGUUGGUCCUCCGACUCCGGCUCGCUCCUCAGAGACCCUUCUCGCUUUCGAUCUGGCCACCGAGAAGUUCAGAGAGUAUACAAUUCCAGUUCAAUCGGACGAUGAUUCGGUCCUCGGUUUGGAGGUCUUAAAAGGAUGUUUAUGUAUUUGUGUGAAUGUCUUUGUGACACGCAACGAUGUUUGGGUGAUGAAGGAGUACGGGGUAAUCAGCUCUUGGGCUCGUCUUUACACCAUUGAGCAAGGCGCAGUACCUUGGACUUUUGAGUACUGUAAGCCUUUGGCGUACUCGAAGGACGGCAAGAAGGUUCUGAUGGAGCAGGAUUUUGCCUAUCUCUUUUGGUAUGACAUAGAGGAGAAAAGGGGCACGAGGGUUAGGUUUCGUCCUAUGCUUAAGUCGUUUCAGACGGCCACUUGUGUGGGAAGCCUUGUUCUUCUCGAUGGUGAUAUAUUGAUUGACCCGAGACAGAAGAAGAGGAACAAAAGGAAGAGGAAAAGUAAUCCAGCGGAGGGUCUUAAUCUAUUGGUGGAAGCGAUGGAGGAAGUGGGAUGAGUUCCUGUCAAAGCAAACAGAAGGACAUAAAAUUGUUCCAAAGUGAAAAGUGGAUGAACUUUUACUCGCAGAAUUCAUGAUUGGGAGGAGAUGGUUUUAGCCUCUUUCUUCUCGUUCUUGUAUUCGUUAUCGAUUCGUGGGGUUGGGGAGGACCGGAUGUGGUGGAUCCCUUCGAGAAAAGGGAAGUUUGAGGUUCGCUCUUUUUAUAGGAAGCUUGCCUCCAAAUAAUCCAACUACUUCCCUUGGAAAAGUAUUUGGCAUACCAAGGCUCCUUCGAGAGUGGCGUUUUUUGUGUGGUCGGCCGCUCUUGGGAAAUCACUCACUUUGGAUAAUGUUUGGAAAAGAGGUAUUGUAGUGAUUAAUCGUUGCUAUAUGUGUGAAUCGGAUGGGGAGUCUGUGGAUCAUCUUUUUCUUCAUUGUGGGGUUGCACGCAAGUUGUGGGAUGUUAUUUUAUCUCGCUUCAAUUUGUGUUGGGUUAUGCCUAGAAGUGUUAAGGAUAUGUUUGCUAGUUGGUGGUCGGGCGGUAGAACCCGUAGCGCCGUGGUUUGGAAGAUGGUUCCCCUGUGUCUUUUAUGGUGCCUUUGGAAGGAAAGGAAUGCGAGAUGCUUCGAAGAUCUAUCGAGGAACCCUGAGGACCUUGUUCAUUUCUUUUUGUACACGCUUUUCACAUGAACUGCAGGCUGGCUUGCUCCUUUAGUGAUUAAUUUUCCUGAUUUCCUCUUUAUGUUCUCUUCUUCUUUCUCCCCCACUUAGCCGCUCUCUUGUAUACCCCCUGUGUACUUGGGUUGCGCCUCUCUGCGCUCUUUAAUGCAUUAUUACUUAUCAAAAAAAAUAUAGAUUUAUGCUUCCAUUUCAACUCCUGGUUAGCCAAGCAUCUUUUCUUUGCUGGCAGGUUACAGCUUCUUUUCUCUAUUCUAUACAUAUUUUUGGAUUUACAUCUUUAUUCUUCUGAAGAAGGUGAUUAAAGCUAUUGAAAAAAAAUUUCAUAGGUAGUUAUGGAAUGGGAAUGAGGAGAGUUUUGGAAAGGCUAAGGUGUCUUGGGAUUCUGUUUGUGUCCCUAAAAGGGUAGGUGGGCAGGGGUUGAAGAGGCUUGUGGAUUGGAAUAGAGCUGCUAUUCUCAACACAUUUGGACCCUUUUUACUAAAUUUGGGUCUCUUUGGGUUGCUUGGAUUAAAUGUAAUAUGAUAAAGCGGAGGUGUUUUUGAUUGAUAAAAAUUCCUCAAAAUGCUUCUUGGAGCUGGAGGAAGAUUCUCAAACUUAGGGGGAUUGCAAAACCUCUAAUGAUAUUCAUGAUUGGGGAUGGUAGUCAGAUUUUUCUUUGGUUGGACUCUUGGCAUCCGGAUGGGGUCCCUUUUUGACAUAUAUGGUUACCAUGUUAUCUAUGACUCAAGGAGAAAGUGUCGUUCAGGAGGUGAUUGGAAUUGGGCUCCUGCUAGGUUUGAGGAUUUGGUGGGUACACAAUGCAAGCUCCCGGAUGUACAAAUUGGCUCCCAUGAUGCUCCUAUUUGGUUGCCUUCUAAGACUCAUAAAUUUUCCAGCAAGGAUACUUGGGAUGCUAUUAGAGUGAAGUUACCUAAGGUGGAUUGGAAUAAACUGAUUUGGUUUUCUAUGGCUAUACUUAACAACUCAUUGUUCUUAUGGUUGGCUAUUAAGUACUGCUUAUCCACUCGUUAAAGAUUGUUGAAAUGGGGGCUAAAGGUGAGACAAAAUGUUAUUUUUGUAGAAGCUGCAUUGAAAGCAGGGAUUACUUAUUUUUUGAAUGUAACUCUAGUAAAAGAUUGUGGAGGGAGGUGAUGAUGUGAUGUCACCGAAGUUCCAUUUCUUUGAGCUGGGAUGAGAUUCUUAGUCAAGGCUUAAAAAAAAUGGAAGGUAUAGAGUUUUUGAAGGCUGUGUUAUGUAAGCUUGCUUGGGGUUCCUCAGUUUAUAAUAUUUAGUGGCAAUUUGGGAACCAUCCUCUCUCUGAGGAUAGAAUUCUGCAGAAAGUUUGUUGGGAAAUCAGAACCGUGUUGUGGGUAAAGGGACUUUCAAUUUGAAUGAUAAAAAUGCGGCUUUAUGCAGUAGCUGGGGCAUCUCUCCAAAUUUCCUGGUUUGUCUCCUAAUGCUUUGAGUGUCUGUGGCUGGUCUUCGGAGCUGUUUUGUGUUGCUGCUGCUGUUUCUCCUCAUCUGCAGUUCACGGUUAUGUCUAUAUGUUGAUAGUUUGGUGUUGUGGUGGUUUGUAUAGUUGCUGGUUUUUUUAUGUGUUUGUAUAGAAAUUGUUGGUGUCUUCUUUCUCGGGAGAUUGAGAUAGUUGACUUUUAGGAGUUUCGGUGUAAUUGUUGGCUGAUUCUUUCUAACUUUGGUUAGUGUGAAUUGUAUUCUUUGUUUUGUGUUAAUAAAAAUUCUAUUUAUCCAAAAAAAAAAAAACUAUAGAUUUAUGCUUUUCAAGUUACUUCUUAUCGUUGAAUUCAUUUGGCUGCUUUGAUUCUGUCAUUGUACAAUAAAUGGUACUUGAAGAAGAAGCAUCCGCAUCUAGAAGGGCCGUUUCAAUGUAGAAGUGUGAAGUCUUUAAAGCUUCUGCUGCUUUGAGAAAAUGGCACUUGAACCUUGACAGCUCCACUGCCAUGAGAACUUCACCAAGCCGAUUCUCCUCGUAUAUUGGUUUCCAAGUUUCUCAGGGGCCAUGUUUUACUGAAAAGGGCUUGCAAAUCCCUUUUUUUUUUCUUUUUUUUUUACUUCUCGUCAUGUUAUUUAUAUGAUCGAUGAGCAUCACUGUAGCUCCGUCACAAAGAUGGGUGAUUUUCCCAAAUCUUUGAUUGACAGAA